UGUACAAGCACGUGCCUGCAAUCCUCUGUGUGUUCCAGUGGUGCAGUGCUUCAGUUCCGAGAUUUACUGAACAAGUUUGGCGAUCCAAUGAGAAAGCUGAAACGCAUGAAUAGGAUAAUUCUUGCGACCACGUUCAUCAUCAUGGUGGUUCAUUAUAUUCCCGCUGCUCUGUGGUACGCUGUUUAUGGUGGGAAUCCUUUCAAUCGCGUGACCUCCUCCCAAUAUCGUAUUCGAACCAAAGGCUGUAAUGUGCGUGAAUUCGACCCCUUCCACCCUACGGUCGGAAAGUUCAUCCAGAAGGUGCAAGAGCCCCGUUGCCCAGGUAAAGCCGACUUCAUCACAACUUACGACGAACUGCCGCACAUUGAUACAGAAGCUUUAUCCGCACACGGGGUAUCUGUAACCGAACUGCGAUGCUUUUAUCGUGAGAUUUUCGCAAACUAUUCAAUGCCAGUACCAGACAAAAACUAUUACUACGGGCCAACGAUGCCUUUGCAGUUCGGACGUCCACUGAAAAAAGAAUUUCUGCAUGUCCAUUGCUCGACGACCAAUUCCACGCAGGUCUUUCACGAACAAUUCCUCUUCAACCCGAUAAUGAAACAAGACGUCGAAGACCGAUGCCGUGAUGCUCCCCGCGCAAGGGAUCACCACAACCUGAGUGUCAUCUUCUUGGGCAUCGACUCUAUAUCGUACCUUAAUUUCAAAAGACACCUACCACUGACAGGCAGCUUCAUCCGCAAACACAUAGACGCCUUCGAGCUGCACGGCUACAACAAAGUCGGCGACAACACCUUUCCCAACCUGAUGGCGAUGGUUGCAGGCAUGUCUGUUGCAGAGAUCGAGGCCAUAACAGAGGAUGGUUUCUUCGACGGCGUUAAACUUUUCUGGAUUCCAUACGCCCGCCGUGGAUAUAGGACCUCGUUUCAAGACGAAUUUGGUUACUACGGGAUGUUUCAUUACUGUUUCAAGGGCUUCCGUAAUCCUCCAACAGACUACUACAUUCAUCCAGUUAGCCUACUUCUUCGCGAACAUCUCGAGAACGUGUCGCAAUAUCACGAUGAGGGUGUACCAUGCAUCAGGCAGACCCUAAGCACGGAGUACUAUCUAGAUUACCUGACCCGCCUCCUUAAGCAUACAAAAGUUGGUCUAUUUUUCUACAUAUUAUACCUCGGUACGAUGACUCACGAUUAUGUGAACAACGCUGGAUAUAUGGAUGCACUGUUACGGAGGUUUUUCGGCAAGAUCGAACAGGUUCUCAACAGGACGGUGCUGGUUUUCUUCAGUGACCAUGGUAUACGGUACGGCAACAUCCGCACGACGUUCAUAGGAAGAUACGAAGACCGUCAACCUUUCGCUUUCUUAGUUUUCCCCCGAUGGUUCUUGAAUGCAAAUCCUGCAGUACUGAAUGCGUUGGAGGCUAAUCAAAAAAGGUUAACAACGCCGUACGAUAUCCACGCAACCUUCGUCGAAUUCCUCAAUUUUCCUCGUACUGCAGAAUCAAAGACAAAACGUGGUUUGAGUUUGCUUCACGAGAUUCCAGAAAACAGGACCUGCGACGACGCCUCUAUUCCACGCGAAUGGUGUUCAUGCGAAGCCGCCGAUCAGGACAUAUCGAUGAGCGACCCUCUUGUUAUGGCAAUGGGUCGAAACGUCGUGAAAAAAAUCAACGCCUGGUUGGAAAAACAUUGGCGUCUCUGUUUCCCCUUGACUUUGGAUUAUGUACUGGACAUCGCAACAGGCUACAGCUCCGAAGAAGAAAGGCAACAGAACAUCACACAUUAUUGGGUGACUGUGCAGACACGUCCUUCGGCCGCCAUCUUUGAAGCGACGGUGCGAGCGAACCAUUCUAGUGGUGACGUUAACGUGGUGGGAGACAUCAGCCGAUGUAAUAAGUAUGGAGACCAGUCGUAUUGUAUCAAAGAUCGAUGGCUGGAAAAAUUUUGUGUCUGCCGAUUGAAACAAGGUCGCAAGAGGCACUUCCUGGUCAACCUAUAUCGACAUACUUUCGGCUAGCGUGCAUGACCAUUACAAUAUAGGUCAUAUGUAAAACGAAUCUAAAGAGAUGACUUGGUUCUGUAUUUGAUUUAUGUACAUUAUAUGCGUUAGUGCACAUAAAAUGUAUAUUCUUCAGAUUGUCACCU